CGAAGGGCCAAUGGCCAAUAGAAAUGAGGAAAAAAGUCAGAUUAGCCAAUGGCAAGAGGCAAGGGGCGGGCGUAGAGACUUCCUGGAGACGGGCACGGGCGGGGGCCUGGCAACGGCCUCGGAGCCGCCGGGAUGAACGUCGGCGUGGCUCACAGCGAGGUGAACCCCAACACGCGGGUGAUGAGCAGCAGAGGCAUCUGGGUGGCCUACGGGAUAUCGGUGGGCGUCCUGCACGUGGUGCUGCUCAGCAUCCCCUUCUUCAGUGUGCCCGUGGUCUGGACACUCACCAACGUCAUCCACAACCUGGUCAUGUACAUGCUGCUGCAUGCCGUGAAGGGGACGCCCUUCGAGACCCCAGACCAGGGCAGGGACCGGCUCCUCACGCACUGGGAGCAGAUAGACUAUGGAACACAGUGCACCGCUGCACGCAAGUUCCUCAGCAUUUCCCCCGUGGUGCUGUACCUCCUGACCAGCUUCUACACCAAGUAUGACCGCACACACUUCCUGGUGAACACAGCCUCACUGCUCAGCGUCCUCCUGCCCAAACUGCCCCAGUUUCACGGCGUCCGUAUCUUUGGCAUCAACAAGUACUGAGGCCCCCUGCAGAGAUCCCUCCAGCUCCGCCAGGGUCUGGGGAAGGUUCCUCCAGCCCAGAACUGUUCCAUGGAUCCCGUUCGCCUGGUUGGAAUUCAACCAAAUCCAUCUCAAAGGCAUUUGCUACUGGUAACAGCUGUUUUCCAGCCGGAACCCACCUGGACAUUCAUGUGGGGGCAGCACCCCCUCAAAUGCAGCCCCCCACAUCCACCCACAGCUCCUUGCUGGGAAAGGGAUGAGGGGCCCUCAAGCAGCUGAGAGGCAGGAAAAGCCAGCCUGGGCUUUGGCACAGGGAGGAGGAGGGUAGCAAAGAGGGAUGAACAACUUCAAAACACUACGUGAGGACACUGGGGUGGCACCGGGUGUUUGUACCUCUGUCUCUGGCUGUGUGUAUCCCCCCCUCCCCCGUUCCCUUGGGAAGCUGCAGAGUAUUUAAAAGGAAUUCUAAAAAGG